CCGGGGAAAGUUGUUUCCUGAAGUUGCCGCUGUGCUUAUCAUUUCCACACUCAAGUCCUGCUGCUUGCACAAAAAUGACCAAGACGGGUUUAUCACUGUUUUGAUUAGCUUUUCUUUUUUCCCCCUCCCCCGACAUCCCUUCCUCUUCUGAUGAUGGAGCUGCCAGACGAGAAGAUGAGCUCCAAGAAUGAAGACACAGAGACGAGCCUGCAGGCCCAGCUAGCAGACUGCAGAGCACAGGUCGAACACUGGCAGGGUGUGGCGACGAUCUGUGAGCUGAGCAAACAGGAGGAACUGGCAGAGCUGCAAAAACAAUGUGAUCAAGAGAUCCAGUCACUGCAGGAGGCUCUCAGAGAGACAGCAGCUCAGUAUGAGGCCAGGAUAGCUGUUCUGCAGUCUCAACCUGUAGAGUGGAAGAGAUCCAGUGGACCCCACAUGAUCAGUGGAAGGAAGGGAAGGGUGGAUGCCGAACACGCGUCAGUCGUCAACAGUCUGACUGAGGACGAAUCGGCGCCAUCGACGCACAGCCAUCCACCAGAGCCGGAGGGAGAAGGUGCUGCACUUACAACAGAAGGAUAUUUUUCACUAAGGAACUGUGACUCAGCCUCGUUGUCCUCUUUCUCCUUGGAUACGCCGUCGCUGCCCAGAAAACACCACGCUCAGGACGACACUGACUCACUGGUCUCCACGGGUACUUUGGUGCCUGAAGCCAUUUACCUGCCACCAGCUGGCCACCGGCUGGUCACACACAGUGACUGGGACGCGCUCAAUGCUCAGUUGUCAGAGCUGCGAGGGGAAGUGAGUCGCCUGCAGGCAGAGAAGGAGGAGCUGGAAAGAGAACUGGAUACCCAGAGCAACCACACGCACAAACAGGUAUCAACGCUCCAGUCUCAGGUCCAGGCUUCAGAGUCUCUCCUCCAGGAUUUGCAGAAAUCUUUCAGCCAGUCACAGAAUGCAGUCCAGAGCCGGCUGGCGGAGUUGUCCCUUUCUCAGAGGAAGAUGUGCAAUGAGCUUUCCAGACUGAAAGGAGAAGAGGUUGAGGAGGAUGUACCAGACACCGGCUCAUCAUUCUCAGCAGCGCUACAUGGGGCGCACUGUGAAGAGCGGCUUCGCAUUGAGAUAGUCAACCUGAGAGAGCAGCUGGACACACGGACAGAGGAGAACGAAGUUUUAGAGGUGCAGUUUUCCAGUCUGAAGUCCGAGACAGAGAAGAUCCACGCUCAGAGGGAGCAGUUGCAGGCUGAGCUGCUGGCGUGCCGCACUGAACUGGAAGCCCUCCGGGUGGCGCUCUCUCAUGUACAAAGCACCAACAAGCUCCUCAGCAGCGAGAAAGCAACUCUGAACCAGCAGUGUCUGGAACUGCGGAGCCAGGUGAUCAGCCUGCGCUCUCAGGUCGACACCAGCCAGGCUGUGCAGCGAGACUUCGUUGAGCUCUCCCAGUCACUGCAGGUGAAGCUGGAGUUAAUUCGUCAGGCAGAGAGUCUGGAGCAAGUCAAGGAAAUCCUGGAAGAGGGACAUGGUGAAGAUAGUUCCCCACCUGUGGAUACCCCUUGAAAUGCAUUGGAACCAAAGAGAUGAAACAUCCCAAGAGUGACCAAGAAAGCGAACCAUGGCUACACGAAACGCAGAAGAUCUGAUGGAGUGACUGCUGGAACGAUGCUGCUAGCACUCAUGUUGUGACACUGGAAAUACUCCUAAACUGAAACAUUAGGUCUCGGGGAGGUUGGAUUGGUGUCAAUGAAGGAAAGUGGUGCUUAAUGACCAAAGCAAAGUCUUCUCACACUCUCUCAUGGUUUUUCUUUUUUCCUUAUGUCUAGUAACACAUUUAUUCCUGUACAAAGACAUUUGUAAAUAUUCUGUGUUUGUAUAUCUGACACGACUCCAGUGAAACACUCAGGGGUCCAACACUAUCAGUGAUUAAUAUGCAACUUAUCAAUAUUUUUGCAUCUUUGUGAAUAAGGACCUCUCUUGGCAGUGGAUCGGGUGCAAUAAUGAACUGACGCCACUAAAUCUGCUUCAUUUAGAUGUGAUUUUUAAUACAUAUAAAGAUGAAUUUGCUCAGCAUUAACAUUCCCGUCUUCACUAAAACCAUAUUAGCUUUUAGACUCAACAUUCUGGGUUUUAUGAUUAGGAGAGUGUCAGUAAAGAAAUAUUAACGCUUAACUUUGACCAUUUUAUUUGGUGCGACUGCACAUUAGAAACUGAUGGCAGGUUGUCACAUCUUUAACAUUUAGGUUUAUAAUUAAAUCAUGUGAUUGAGUUUCUUAAACCUUGGCUUCACAGCAAGUUUACAGGAAACUGAACGAUGCAUAUCAGCUUGUUACACAGUGUAACUGCACACAAUGCAGUAGGUUAGGAUUUAAAAUGUGAUUUAAUAUAUUUGGAAGUUGUUGCUGCUCUUGAAAUUGAAGCUAAACCUUCAUCUCUGCAGGAAAAUCCCAGAUACUCCAACAAAGAUCUGAUAAUACAGUGACUUGUUUUAUUGUAUUAAUGACAGCACAGUCUCUAUCCUACACUUACACUUAAUCAGAUAACUAUGUAAACCAUCUGUGUAUUUUAAAACUGUGGAGUAUUACCUGACAAUGAUUACGCUUCCUUGAACUGGAUAUUUGGUUAUUCGAACAUCCUGGCUGUGCCGGAAGCCCUGGAAUUCUGCCCUUUGCUCCUAAAUGUUAAGUCAGCAGGUUUCCCAGAUUGAUACCACCCUGUUGUCUUUUAAAAACUGACCACAUUAUUAUUUCUGUUGUGUUUUAUAACAACCUGUGCAAAAAAAUAAAUGUUGCCACUGGAAAGCGAGGCAUGU